UCGCGGUCGCGUUGUGUGUGAGUGAGGGGGAGAGAGUGCGGGACCAGAAGCGGCGUGUGUGAGCUGUGGCCGCUGGCGGGGUCAGCGGGGAGCGGCGGAGCCGCCCGGGAAGGCCAAGUCAUGACUACAGUAGCGGUACAUGUGGACUCCAAAGCUGAGCUCACUACCCUGCUGGAGCAGUGGGAAAAGGAACAUGGCAGUGGGCAGGACAUGGUACCUAUCCUUACCAGGAUGUCUGAAUUGAUUGAAAAAGAAACUGAAGAAUAUCGUAAGGGGGAUCCAGACCCAUUUGAUGAUCGACAUCCUGGUCGAGCUGAUCCAGAGUGUAUGCUGGGCCACUUGCUGAGAAUACUCUUCAAGAAUGAUGAUUUCAUGAAUGCACUGGUGAAUGCAUAUGUGAUGACAAGCCGAGAGCCCCCUUUAAACACUGCUGCUUGCAGACUCCUACUGGACAUCAUGCCAGGGCUAGAAACUGCUGUCGUCUUUCAAGAAAAGGAAGGAAUUGUUGAGAAUCUUUUCAAAUGGGCCCGAGAGGCUGAUCAGCCACUGAGGACAUAUUCUACUGGUCUGUUAGGAGGUGCUAUGGAAAAUCAAGACAUUGCUGCCAACUACAGGGAUGAAAAUUCACAGCUGGUGGCAAUAGUACUUCGAAGACUGAGGGAGCUACAGCUUCAGGAAGUAGCUUUGAGGCAAGAAAGCAAGCGUCCUAGCCCACGAAAGCUCUCCUCUGAACCCCUUUUGCCUCUGGAUGAAGAAGCUGUGGAUAUGGACUAUGGCGACAUGGCUGUAGAUGUAGUGGAUGGCGAACAAGAGGAAGCUUCUGGAGACAUGGAGAUCUCCUUUCAUCUUGAUUCAGCCCACAAGACCAGUAGCAGAGUGAACUCAGCAACUAAACCUGAGGAAGGAGGAUUGAGGAAAAACAAGUCAGCAAAACAGGGUGACAGAGAGAGCUUUAGGAAAGCCAAGCAAAAGUUGGGUUUCUCAUCAUCUGAUCCAGAUCGCAUGUUUGUUGAGCUGUCUAACAGCAGCUGGUCAGAAAUGUCCCCCUGGGUGAUUGGCACCAAUUAUACCCUUUAUCCUAUGACUCCUGCUAUCGAGCAGCGACUUAUUCUCCAGUAUCUGACCCCUUUAGGAGAAUAUCAGGAGUUACUUCCCAUAUUCAUGCAACUUGGAUCACGGGAUUUGAUGAUGUUCUAUAUUGACUUGAAACAGACUAACGAUGUCCUACUUACAUUUGAGGCACUCAAGCACCUAGCAUCUCUCCUGCUCCAUAACAAGUUUGCCACAGAAUUUGUUGCACAUGGUGGAGUACAGAAAUUACUGGAAAUUCCUCGUCCUUCUAUGGCUGCAACUGGUGUAUCCAUGUGCUUGUAUUACCUGUCCUACAACCAGGAUGCCAUGGAAAGAGUUUGCAUGCAUCCCCACAAUGUUCUGUCUGAUGUGGUGAACUACACACUGUGGUUAAUGGAAUGUUCUCAUGCUUCAGGAUGCUGCCACGCUACCAUGUUUUUCUCAAUCUGCUUCUCCUUCCGGGCUGUAUUGGAACUCUUUGACCGUUAUGAUGGUCUUCGUCGUCUGGUGAACUUGAUCAGUACUUUGGAGAUUCUAAAUUUGGAAGAUCAGGGUGCACUUCUGAGUGAUGAUGAAAUAUUUGCUAGCCGCCAAACUGGGAAACAUACGUGCAUGGCCUUGCGCAAGUACUUUGAGGCUCACCUGGCCAUUAAAUUGGAACAAGUGAAGCAGUCACUUCAGAGGACUGAGGGUGGCAUUCUUGUUCAUCCUCAACCCCCUUACAAGGCAUGUUCAUAUACUCAUGAACAGAUUGUGGAAAUGAUGGAGUUUUUGAUAGAAUAUGGCCCAGCACAGCUAUAUUGGGAGCCAGCUGAAGUCUUCCUCAAACUUUCUUGUGUCCAACUCUUGUUGCAGCUUAUUUCUAUUGCUUGUAAUUGGAAGACCUAUUAUGCAAGGAAUGACACUGUGCGCUUUGCUUUGGAUGUCUUGGCUAUUCUCACUGUUGUGCCAAAAAUUCAGCUCCAGUUGGCAGAAUCAGUGGAUGUGCUGGAUGAGGCUGGCUCCACCGUCUCCACUGUAGGUAUCAGCAUUAUUUUGGGAGUGGCUGAGGGUGAGUUCUUUAUUCAUGAUGCUGAAAUUCAGAAGUCAGCACUUCAGAUUAUCAUCAAUUGUGUGUGUGGCCCGGAUAACAGAAUUUCUAGUAUUGGCAAAUUUAUCUCUGGAACUCCUCGGAGAAAGCUGCCUCAGACUCCCAAAAGCAGUGAGCACACUCUGGCCAAGAUGUGGAAUGUGGUCCAGUCCAACAAUGGCAUCAAGGUGCUUCUGUCCUUACUCUCCAUCAAGAUGCCCAUCACAGAUGCAGACCAGAUCCGGGCCCUGGCCUGCAAGGCCCUGGUGGGCCUGUCUCGCAGUAGCACUGUCCGGCAGAUCAUCAGCAAACUGCCCCUUUUCAGCAGCUGUCAAAUCCAGCAACUGAUGAAAGAGCCUGUGCUGCAGGACAAACGCAGUGACCAUGUCAAGUUCUGCAAGUAUGCUGCUGAGCUCAUUGAACGGGUGUCAGGAAAGCCACUUCUCAUUGGCACUGAUGUGUCCCUGGCACGACUGCAGAAAGCAGAUGUUGUUGCCCAGUCAAGGAUCUCCUUUCCUGAGAAAGAGCUGCUUCUGCUGAUACGAAACCAUCUCAUUUCUAAAGGGCUUGGGGAGACAGCAACUGUGCUGACUAAAGAGGCUGACCUGCCCAUGACUGCUGCCUCCCAUUCUUCUGCCUUCACCCCAGUCACUGCUGCUGCUUCUCCUGUUUCUCUUCCCCGUACCCCUCGCAUUGCCAAUGGCAUUGCAACUCGACUGGGCAGCCAUGCUGCUGUGGGUGCCUCUGCCCCUUCUGCCCCCACUGUUCAUCCUCAGCCACGGGCCUCCCAGGGUUCACUAGCUCUGCCUGGCCCGUCUUAUGCAGGCAACUCUCCUUUGAUUGGUAGGAUCAGUUUUAUCAGAGAGAGGCCAUCACCCUGCAAUGGCAGGAAAAUCAGAGUGUUGCGGCAGAAGUCGGACCAUGGCGCCUACAGCCAAAGCCCAGCCAUAAAAAAGCAGUUGGACAGACAUCUUCCUUCCCCACCUACGCUGGACAGUAUCAUCACAGAAUAUCUUAGAGAGCAGCAUGCUCGCUGCAAGAACCCAGUUGCCACCUGCCCACCUUUCUCUCUCUUUACUCCUCACCAAUGUCCUGAGCCAAAACAGAGGCGGCAAGCGCCAAUAAACUUUACCUCAAGGCUAAACCGCAGGGCAUCAUUUCCAAAGUAUGGAGGGGUGGAUGGCGGAUGCUUUGAUAGGCACCUUAUCUUUAGCAGGUUCCGUCCUAUUUCAGUGUUCCGGGAAGCCAAUGAGGAUGAGAGUGGCUUCACCUGUUGUGCAUUCUCAGCACGAGAGCGGUUCCUGAUGCUUGGCACCUGCACUGGGCAAUUGAAGCUCUAUAAUGUGUUUAGUGGACAGGAGGAGGCCAGCUAUAACUGUCACAACUCAGCUAUCACACACCUUGAACCUUCCAGGGACGGGUCCUUGCUGCUGACAUCUGCUACUUGGAGCCAGCCUCUGUCUGCACUUUGGGGGAUGAAAUCAGUAUUUGAUAUGAAGCAUUCCUUCACAGAAGAUCACUAUGUUGAGUUCAGUAAGCACUCUCAGGAUCGAGUCAUAGGCACAAAAGGAGACAUUGCCCAUAUUUAUGAUAUUCAGACUGGCAACAAGCUGUUGACUCUGUUUAACCCAGAUCUUGCCAACAACUACAAGAGGAACUGUGCCACCUUUAAUCCUACAGAUGAUCUUGUCUUAAAUGAUGGCGUCCUCUGGGAUGUCCGCUCUGCACAGGCCAUCCACAAGUUUGACAAGUUCAACAUGAACAUCAGUGGCGUUUUCCAUCCGAAUGGGCUGGAGGUCAUCAUUAAUACUGAGAUUUGGGACCUUCGUACUUUCCAUCUUUUACACACAGUUCCUGCUCUAGAUCAGUGUCGAGUGGUGUUCAACCACACGGGGACAGUGAUGUAUGGAGCUAUGUUGCAGGCAGAUGAUGAAGAUGACUUACUGGAAGAGAGGAUGAAAAGCCCUUUUGGAUCAUCCUUCCGAACAUUUAAUGCAACUGAUUACAAACCUAUAGCGACCAUUGAUGUGAAACGGAACAUUUUUGACCUAUGUACAGACACCAAAGACUGCUAUCUUGCUGUCAUCGAGAACCAAGGCAGCAUGGAUUCUCUGAACAUGGACACGGUGUGCAGGCUGUAUGAAGUAGGCAGGCAGCGUCUGGCAGAGGAUGAGGAUGAAGAGGAGGACCAGGAAGAGGAAGAACAGGAGGAAGAAGAUGACGAUGAAGAUGAUGACGACACUGAUGAUUUAGAUGAGCUUGACACUGACCAAUUGCUGGAGGCGGAGUUGGAGGAGGAUGACAACAAUGAGAACGCAGGGGAGGAUGGCGACAAUGACUUUUCUCCCUCUGAUGAGGAGCUAGCAAACCUGCUAGAGGAGGGAGAGGAUGGAGAAGAUGAAGACUCUGAUGCAGAUGAGGAAGUGGAACUGAUCCUGGGGGACAAGACUGAUAGCGGCUCGAAACAGAGCAGACACAAGGACCACCCUCCUGAAUGGAAGGUUUGGGAACAUGCAGUUCUUCAUCAGCUUUCCCCGAGUGGAGUCUCUCAGCCGACAGCUCUGACAACUCUGAUUUGGAAGAUGACAUCAUCUUAUCUCUAAAUGAGUGAGGAGCCAUCACCACGUGGAAGAGAUUCUUGGCAGGCGAGAAACUGAGUCAAAUGAAUUCAAAACAUCUUCCCUUCCCUUUCUCCCAGGGCUCUUUUAAGGAACUGCAUGCCCUGCAUUCAGAGGAUUAUGAUUUAGAGUCUCACUGGAAUCUGAGAGUCCUUCUAAAAACAAUAACCACACAAAAAAAAGACAACAGGGGUUAGGCCCUAUUCUGCUUCCCCCUUCUCCUAGGAUGGACAUAUCUUUCCUCAAGGGGGAAAAAAAACCAACACGUCUCUGGGGUUAUUUCACAAUAUAUUUUCUUUGUAUAAUGUUCUUUACUUAAAGAACAAGAAAUAGUUUUUUAUAAAACUUAAAAAGAAAAAAAAAAGGCAUUUAUAACUGAGGGUAUGAACUUAUAUCCACCAGGUCUCUUGUCCCUGCAGUUCAUUUUCUAUGGAAGAAAAUGAUGUCUAAAUAACAAUAGAGGCAUUUUUACAUACGUAUUUAAAUGAAAAGGAAAACCGUGGUUUCUUAAAUUGAUAAGGAUUAAGAAUAUUUUAUUAUAAAUAUAAUAUAUGAUUUUUUAAACCUGUUUUGUUGCCUCAUAUGCUGUCAGGUUAAUUUGUUUUCCUUUGUGCCAGAGGUGGGGAGGAGGUGCUGCUUGUUUGCUGAGUAAAUGCCUAGGCUUACCCACCUUCAUGGUUUGGUGGGGGGGCGGGCAGCAAGGUCAUUGUGGAUAUUGGUUUUUGUGGAGUUGAGGGAACUUAGGAUAUAAGUUCACUCCCUCUAUUUUUCUUUGUGAUUCAGUUUUUCAAAAAUCUUUUUUUCUUCCCUUUCUCCCCAAUGUGGAAAGUACAAAUCAAAGGCCUUUUAAUGUAAAGUGUAUUUAUUUAAAAAAAAUACAAAAUAAACUACAAGUCUGUCUUUGU